GCGCGCAAGUCACAAGACUAAGAACCCUCAGCCAGGAAAUCGCUGAUAGAAAAACGAAACAAAACAAAACAAGAACUAAUGUAACGGUAUUAACCAUUCUGAGUGGGUAUAUAUAUAUUUUUUUAACCGUUGUAUUAUUGAGACCAAGUUAACUUUGAUCAGUGAUUUUGAGUUUAAAAUAAAUACAAAAUGGAGUUCUUAAAGUUAAAAGCCUCGUCUUCUGUUGUCUUACUCGUCGCCUGCAUCCACUGCAUUCCUGUCUCAUGCAGAGACAGCCCAACUACAUCUCCACCACAUCACAUGUGCUCUUCCAUUGCUGGGUCUUGUGAAGAGUGCCUAAAGAAUGUUUCGUGUCUGUGGUGUUACACCACCAAUGCUUGUCUGGAUUAUCCUGUCAGAAAUGUACUUCCACCAUCCAAACUCUGUCAUCUGUCUGAUGCACGAUGGGGAGUGUGUUGGGUAAACUUCGAGGCCCUGAUCAUUGCCAUGGCCGUGGUGGGUGGUAUCUUCUUGAUAAGUAUCAUGAUCUGCUGCUGCUGCUGUUGCAGGAAGAGCUCUUCAAGACCUGAUAGAGAUGAAGAAAGAAUGGCCAGGAGACGUGAGGAAAGAAUGCAACGAUCAGAUGAGAGGAAGGCAGAAAGAAAGACAAAACAUGAUGAAAUCCGUAAGAAGUAUGGUCUUUUGUCAAAUUCAGACCAUCCCUACAGCAGAUUUGAGAAUGAUUAAAAGUGUAAUCCAGAUGUGGUGGUUUUAAGGAUGAUGAAAGAGGCAGACGGGUCUGCAAGGUGUACAUAGUUUCUUUUUUCUAAUUUUACAAACUAUUCAAUUUUUUCUUGUUGAACAUGCAGUCACAGAUGUUGGUUCUACUAUAAUUCACUCUCUGGGCUGUACACUUAAUAAGGAUGGAAAUCUUUUAAGUUGCAUCAAAGGGUUGGCUGAUUUUGUUAAUAUUUUCUGCUGUUUUGAAUUUUUCAGCUUUAUGGUCACUUCAGCAUUUUGAGUGACUGCUCCCUUUGUUUAAUAUAAUGAUCUUUUAAUGGUUUGCAUUGAUGAUUGUUACUGGUUUCAUUGCUGUGCUUUUUAAAAUACGAUACCUGUAAGCUGUUUAGAACUUUUUUUAUUAUUAUUUUAAUCUUUAUAAUAAAUUGUGACUGUUCA